AUGCCACCAGUGGAAUCCCAUGUAAUUCCAAUAUAUUUCACACAAAUUGCCAGAAAAAAGAAUUUCAAAUGUUUCCACCGCAACGGGUGGCUGCACGCGACAAUUCAGUGUAAUUCAACUGAUCGGAGCCCGUUUUGGUCGAUUUCUGGCACUUGUCGAGUGUCAUUCGGUGAAAACGACUCCCAGAAUUAUUCUCUCCAUUUUACCGGCGGAAAAUCGAGUCUGAAACUGAAAAAUUUGAAAAAAUCGGCGAUUUUCGAGGAAAACUACUCCGAUUUGAUCAAAUUUCAUGUCGACGUUUAUAAAGUCGUCGGAAUCUGGGAUAAGUCGACAAAAAUCGACUUUACGAAGCCGAAUGGCGGAGUUUUCGACGCGAUUUUGUUAGUGGAGGGGAGGAGAAUUUAUGUGGGAAGACAGGUGCUCCGAAUGUAUUCCAAAUUCUUCGACCGCAUUUUCCACUCGUCGGAACACACUCAAAUCGUUUUGGAAGGCGGAAAAUACGAGGAAAUAAUUGAAUUUUUGCAUUUUUUGUAUCCCACGAAUGCCGAGAUGACGUCAUCGAACGUCGAACGUCUUCUGAAUCACUCGAAACGUUUCGACGUCGAAAUUGUGCGGAAUCGAUGCGAAAACUGGCUGAUUUCUGACCAUUUCGGCGAGAAAUCGAUAGAUUUCGGGCUGAAAUUAUUGCUAGCCGAGAGAUUCGAAUUGUCACGUCUUCUGAAUGAGAUUCUGAAUUCGUUGGAGAGUUUAGAAGACGUUAGACCACUGGCGGUGUCUGGAUUCUAUCGAAAAGUGGGCGGAGCCAUCAAGAUUCGGAUUCUCGACAGGAUUCUGGAGAUUUCGAGAGGGACGGAGGAUUCAGAUGACGGCGAGACGGCGUCACGGUGCUCCAUUGGGCAUUGCGAGGAUUCUGAAGACGUUAUGGAGGAUUCUGAGGAUUCAGAAGACCCUGACGACGUCGAAAGUUACGAAUCAGAGUAUUCUGAGGAUUCUGAAGCCGGAAACGACGCCGACGACGAUUCUAGAGAGGAAAAAUCGUCUGGAAAUUAA